GUCAAGAAAGAGAAUUUCACAAAUUGAACCCUGAUGAUUUUAACUUUAUAGACAAAGUGAAUUCGAAUAGUGCAAUCAUAUCCGAACAUGUGGUGGAUUUUAUUAUUGAACUGCUGGCUGUAUCCGUUAUCGUGGAGUAUGACUUGGUAUUCUCCGGCUACUUUAAAUGCUAUGCUCGGAGAACAAGUCGAUCUCGUCGGCACAGUUAACGCGACUUCCGAUUGGAUGAGAAAUACCGCGAACAAUGAAGAUUUCAAUGGCUCAGAGUCCGGCGUCGAUUCGGGUCAAGCCUCUGUCAUCAAUUCCAUCAAUCGCGAUCGCGAACCACUGGACGAAGUAGAGCGCAUCGAACCCAGGCAAUGGCCAGGAAGACCGGAUAUCCUACCCACUCGUAGUACAGCGCCUUUUACCACGGAAACAUCUUUAUCACCCAAAUAUCCGCAACCAACAACAUUGGCACAACGAAAUCCUUCCGCAAGAUAUCCUACGGUUACCAUACCACCUCCAACGGUCACCGUUGAUGAAGUCUUCUGCGAUUUCGGACCGGUUCCAUCAAUGCCACUUUGCGAGUGGCAAAAUGGUAAUGGCGCUUUGGAUUGGACUCCGGGUACCGGAAUGGGUACAAACUGGUUGGGUGGACCAUCGGUCGAUGGCACGAGCAGCACUAUGGAUGGAGGAUACGCCUUUCUGGAGACAUCACAAGUAUCUUCAAGGGAUUUGAAGUUCAAAAGUCCAGGAGGUCUUUUGCAUAGUCCACAGUUGGGCAGCACUGGAGUCGCUGGUACCUGCUUCAUGUUCAAAUAUACCAUGGAUGGUCUCAGCAUUGCAGGACUGCGAAUAUUGCUUCACGUCGGAGUGGACGAGUUUUCAUUUAAGAAAGAAGAAACCGAAGAAUUGCCAAUAGAUAAUAUCACAACAGCGAAACCUUGUGAACCAGUAGAAGUCGUGGAAGAGCGCGUAUUAUGGCAUGCACAGUAUUAUACGCUCGGAGUAUGGCAGCAGGCUCAAAUAUUAUACACUUAUCCUGAAAUACAUUCGGUGAUUAUUGAAGGCGUUCCAGUGGAUUCUACGGAUCCGUCACGUCUUUAUCGUGGAUAUAUUGCUAUCGAUGAUAUAGAUUUGCAACCUGGUACGUCAUGUGUUGGAUUCUGCAAUUUUGCCGGUGGUUUCUGCGACUGGAACAAUGAUGCAGAAGAUGAUUUUGACUGGACUAUAAGUCGCGGAAGCGGAAAUCCCACGACCGGACCAGCAAUGGACAGUUCUAGUGAUCGUGCCACAGCCGGUGGUUAUGCUUUUAUUGACUCCAGCUUUCCUCGAAGACCCGGUGAUACGGCAAAACUGAUAAGCUCGAAUUUUCCGGCAACUAGCGCUGAUAUGCCGAUGUGUAUGCACUUUUGGUUUCACAUGUUCGGAUCCGGAGUAGGCUACCUGAAGCUUUUUCUACGUCACUUUCGUAGCUCAAACGGGCAGCCUCAAGAGAUCUGGGGUCUGUCUGGAAAUGCCGGCAAUGCCUGGUUUAUGUCGCAAGUCACAAUCAGUUCCCUCGAUGAUUUUCAACUAAUUUUCGAAGCUUCGGUAGGAAAUACCGACAUGGGAGAUAUCGCCAUUGAUGAUAUUUCAUAUGGGCCAGGUGCUUGCCCUGUUUCACCGCAAGUAGCUGGACCGAUACCACGGGAUUGCACUUUCGAGGUCGACGAAUGCGAUUGGAUUAAUUCGCGCGAUCCGGAUCGUGUCGAGUGGGAAAGAGUAUCCACUCAGGUGCUGGGUCCGAGAAAUCAGAGGAAACCAUAUAGCAACGGACACACGGUUAAUCGACGCAACGAAUUCUUUCUAGGACUGGGACGUCUUCGGGGUGCGUCACGAUCGUCCGGAGGUGGUACUGCUCAAUUAGUCAGUCGAGAGAUGAAAGGUUCCGAAGAACCACUUUGCAUUACAUUCUGGUACUUUAUGUUCGAGCCUUUCAUCGAUUCUACGGGUCCUAGUUUAGGUGUCUUGCGAUUGUACGUGCAAGCGGUCGGCGAUACUUCAAAGGAAGCUAAACCGAUAUGGCAGUUAUACAACAAUCAAGGACCCACAUGGAACUAUGCUCAGACUAACAUAAAUGAAAAUACGAACUUCAAUAUCGUGUUUGAAGGCAUAUGGGGUCCGAAUAGAGCAAGUGGUAGCAUAGGAAUCGAUGACAUCUCCUUUUAUACAGGCAAUUGCAGCGUAAAACCAUUGAGUGCAGUCGUUCGCGCAGAGGAUUGUAGUUUCGAAAAAGAUUUAUGCGGAUGGGAGAACAUAACUGUCUCUGAUAACGACCGAGCUGUGAUGUGGCAGCGUGCGUUUCAAACUCAUAGACCGGCUCAAUUAUUGGAUAAGACCUUUGGUGCGACAGGUGAUUUCGUUUUCUUCGAUAUUUUCACGACGAAUAAGCAAUCUACAAAAGUUCAGUUACGAUCGCCCGUCAUUGAUGCUUCGCCCGAUGAGGAGUUUAUAUGUUUCACUUUCUGGUUCGCUGCCUUUGGUGUGGAAGAGUCCACUGCUUUACGAAUAAUCAAGAUGCCGAGUGAGAAGACUGAUGAGGAGAACGAGGAAGAACAGGAACAACCGUUAUGGUCAUUGACAGCUAAAGGAUUGAACAAUCCGCGGCCAGUAUGGAUGUCAGCUCAAGUGACAAUCGAAGCGCGAACUCCAUAUCGACUUAUUCUUGAAGGAAGUGCAAGUAAUGGAGGUUUUGCUGUCGAUGAUAUCAAAUUUCAGCCUUUAGCCUGUGCAACUCGACCAGCCAAUGCUCAACCAAUUGUAAACAUGACAUAAGAAAAACUACAUAGUAGUAGACAUUCUUUUGUAACAUUGAAAUAAUCUCUUUUUUUAUCAAUUUGUAGUUAUUAUUUAUAUAUACUAUAUGUACAAUAUGUUAGCUAUUAUUGUAUAAUAAUUAAAAUAGUUAAAAAAAAAUAAC